CCACCCGCCCGGACCAUGGGGCUGCGGCUGCUGCUGCUGCUCGCCGCCAUUGGCCGCUGCGUCGCGGCCCCGCCCUGUCCCCGCCCCGUCCCCGCCCCUCCCCCGCCCGCCCGUGACGUCAUCGACCAGGGAGCACCCGCCGAUGAUGUCAUCAGCGAGGGGACCACGACACCCUAUGACGUCAUCAACGGGGCGACUCCUGCCGACUACGCCACCAGCGAAGGGGUAACGGCGGCCGAUGACGUCAUUGAUGACGUCACGGCGGCCGAUGACGUCACCGGCGAGGGGACACCUGCCGAUGACGUCAUCAGCGAGGGGACCAGUCCACCCAGUGUCACCAGUGACCCCAAUGGGGACCCAACUGGGGCCUAUGGGGGCGACACCAACGUCACCGCGGCGCCCGUUGGGGACAGUGAUGACGUCACCACCAAUGGGGACGUGGUCACCGGGUCCCCUGUUGGUGACAGUGAUGACGUCACCACCAAUGGGGAUGCAGCGAUGGGCCCAGCCGGCCAACCCGGUGCCACCUGCGUCCAUGGGGACACUUGGGGACACGUCACCGAGGUCUAUGGAGAUGCCACCACCAAUGGGGACGCUGGAACCACCCCCGUGGGAUGUGACACUGAUGACGUCACCACCAGUGACCCCAAUGGGGCCCCAACUGGGGUCUAUGAUGACGUCACCACCAAUGGGGACGUUGUCACCGGGUCCCCCAUAGGUGACCAUGAUGACGUCACCACCAAUGGGGACGUCGUAUUGGAUGUGACCCAACAGCCCAGUGUCACCAAUGACCCCAAUGGGGCCCCCACUGGGGUCUAUGGGGGUGACACCCACACAAUGGCGUUUGUCACCACGGCGCCCAUAGGGGACAGUGAUGACGUCACCACCAAUGGGGAUGCAGCAAUGGGGCCAGCCGGCCAACCCGGUGUCACCUGCGUCCAUGGGGACACUUGGGGACACGUCACCGAGGUCUAUGGAGAUGCCACCACCAAUGGGGACGCUGGAACCACCCCCGUGGGAUGUGACACUGAUGACGUCACCACCAAUGGGGCCCCAACUGGGGUCUAUGAUGAUGUCACCACCAAUGGGGACGUCGUAUUGGACGUGACCCAACAGCCCAGUGUCACCAGUGACCCCAAUGGGGGUGACACCCACACAAUGGCGUUUGUCACCACGGCGCCCAUAGGGGACAAUGAUGACGUCACCACCAAUGGGGACGUGGUCACCGGGUCCCCUGUUGGGGACAAUGAUGACGUCACCACCAAUGGGGAUGCAGCGAUGGGGCCAAUCGGCCAACCCGGUGCCACCUGCGUCCAUGGGGACACUUGGGGACACGUCACCGAGGUCUAUGGAGAUGCCACCACCAAUGGGGACGUUGGAACCACCCCCGUGGGAUGUGACACUGAUGACGUCACCACCAGUGACCCCAAUGGGGCCCCAACUGGGGUCUAUGAUGACGUCACCACCAAUGGGGACGUCGUAUUGGAUGUGACCCAACAGCCCAGUGUCACCAGUGACCCCAAUGGGGGUGACGCCCACACAAUGGCGUUUGUCACCACGGCGCCCAUAGGGGACAAUGGGGACGUCACCACCAAUGGGGACGUGGUCACCGGGUCCCCUGUUGGUGACAGUGAUGACGUCACCACCAAUGGGGAUGCAGCGAUGGGGCCAGCCGGCCAACCCGGUGCCACCUGCGUCCAUGGGGACACUUGGGGACACGUCACCGAGGUCUAUGGAGAUGCCACCACCAAUGGGGACGCUGGAACCACCCCCGUGGGAUGUGACACUGAUGACGUCACCACCAAUGGGGACGUUAAUAUGGGGGGGACAGAGCCACCCAGUGUCACCAGUGACCCCAAUGGGGCCCCAACUGGGGUCUAUGGGGACGUCUCCACCAAUGGGGACGUUGUCACCGGGUCCCCCGUUGGGGACAAUGAUGACGUCACCACCAAUGGAGACGUCGUAUUGGAUGUGACACAACAGCCCAGUGUCACCAGUGACCCCAAUGGGGCCCCCACUGGGGUCUAUGGGGGUGACACCCACACAAUGGCGUUUGUCACCAUGGCGCCCGUUGGGGACAGUGAUGACGUCACCACCAAUGGGGAUGCAGCGAUGGGGCCAGCCGGCCAACCCGGUGCCACCUGCGUCCAUGGGGACACUUGGGGACACGUCACCGAGGUCUAUGGAGAUGCCACCACCAAUGGGGACGCUGGAACCACCCCCCUGGGAUGUGACACUGAUGACGUCACCACCAGUGACCCCAAUGGGGCCCCAACUGGGGUCUAUGGGGACGUCUCCACCAAUGGGGACGUUGUCACCGGGUCCCCCGUUGGGGACCAUGAUGACGUCACCACCAAUGGGGACGUCGUAUUGGAUGUGACCCAACAGCCCAGUGUCACCAGUGACCCCAAUGGGGGUGACGCCCACACAAUGGCGUUUGUCACCACGGCGCCCAUAGGGGACAAUGGGGACGGCACCACCAAUGGGGACGUGGUCACCGGGACCCCCAUUGGGGACGAUGACGUCAUGGGGGCGGCGCCGGCCCCUCCCCCGCUCUGCCCCCCCCCCUCCCCCCCCCGCCACCCUGCGGGCGGGGCCUCAGGGGCUCAGUAGCCCCGCCCCCGCCCUGCGGCCCCUCCCCCUCCUGCUGCUGCCCCUCCCCCUCCUGCUGCAGUGAUGGACCCAGGAGUGCCCCCGGGGGACCCAGGAGUUCGGGUGGGACCCAGGAGUUCGGGACCCACCCCCAGUUGUAAUGAAUAAAACUCAAUGGGAUUGACCA